CACCACCACUAACAAUCCUCACCAACCCUUCUUUCCCAUCUCCACAAGUUCAUACCUACAGGCUACACCAACCCCCAAUUAUUUGCCUUUCUUAUAUAUCUGAUCUACUUUCUUCUAUACAUUUUCUCAUUUCUAUAUCUAUAAUAAUUUAAUAUUUUUGUUGGAGAGGUCAGACGACAAACCAACAAUGGCGUCGUCUCUAUCCACCAAACAAUUUCUCGGGUCUCCAUCUUCCGACUUCGGAUCUCUGCAACGCUCCGAUCUCCGCAACCUCUCCUCUCCAACCCUCCAUUUCUCUAAUCUCCGAUCACAUCCCAAGAAGCUCGAAAUACAGGCAGUUGGGAGUACAUUUGGAACUUACUUCCGUGUUUCAACAUAUGGAGAAUCUCAUGGUGGUGGAGUUGGUUGUAUCAUUGAUGGAUGUCCGCCUAGGGUUCCCCUCUCUGAAGCUGAUAUGCAAGUAGACCUUGACAGAAGGAGGCCAGGUCAGAGUCGAAUUACUACACCUAGAAAAGAGACUGAUACAUGUGAAAUUUAUUCAGGCGUUGCUGAAGGCAUGACAACUGGAUCUCCAAUUAUGGUAAAAGUACCCAACACAGAUCAGAGAGGACAUGAUUAUAGUGAAAUGUCAAUAUCCUAUAGGCCUUCUCAUGCGGAUGCUGCUUAUGACUUCAAGUAUGGUGUGAGAUCAGUGCAGGGUGGUGGUAGAUCCUCAGCUAGAGAAACUAUUGGGAGAGUUGCUGCUGGAGCCGUUGCUAAGAAAAUUCUCAAGCUAUUUUCAGGAACUGAGAUUCUUGCUUAUGUCUCUCAAGUCCACAAAGUUAUACUUCCAGAAGAUUUGGUGGAUCACGAGAGUCUGUCACUUGAUGAGAUAGAGAGUAAUAUUGUUCGGUGCCCAAAUCCUGAGUAUGCAGAGAAGAUGAUUGCUGCCAUUGAUGCUGUCCGAGUGAGAGGGGAUUCUGUUGGUGGUGUUGUCACAUGUAUUGCGAGAAAUGUUCCACGUGGGCUUGGUUCACCGGUCUUCGAUAAACUUGAAGCUGAACUAGCUAAAGCUGCUAUGUCCUUACCUGCAACAAAGGGCUUUGAGUUUGGAAGUGGGUUUGCAGGUACAUUUAUGACUGGCAGUGAGCAUAAUGAUGAGUUCUUUGUAGAUGAAAAUGGCCGAAUCAGGACAAGAACAAACCGUUCUGGUGGGAUCCAGGGUGGAAUAUCCAAUGGAGAAAUAAUAAACAUGAGAAUAGCUUUCAAGCCAACGUCUACGAUUGGAAAGAAACAACAUACAGUUACUAGAGAUAAGCAUGCGACAGAGCUAAUAGCCCGAGGUCGUCACGAUCCUUGUGUUGUUCCGCGAGCGGUGCCAAUGGUGGAGGCCAUGGUAGCUCUGGUGCUUGUGGAUCAAUUGAUGGCACAGUAUGCGCAAUGCAAUAUGUUUCCUAUUAAUCCAGCAUUACAGGAACCGUUGGAGUUACCAAGGCUCGAGCCUGCUGGCAGUCCCCUUUGAAAGGCGCAAAGUGGCUGUCGCCUCUUCUCUAUUGCCUUUGCCCAACUUCUUUACCUUGUAUAAUGACAACUUUUCCCAAUAUAUUUAGUGUGAUUUUAUGGAGUGUUAACAGAAUUUGUGAUUGAACUCGUGUGGUGUUGUAAUAAGCGGCUGUAGGGAUAUAAUUUUUCCACCAUUUCUUUUCCCUUGAUAAAUGAAUUAUCGUGCCACUGUUGGCAAAAUAAGAGCUUUCUCUGGCUUGACUUGGUCAUCUUUAACUAUGUAUAAUUUCUAGUCAUUGUAGAGUUGUUGGGGAUAUAAUUAUGGGCAAAGCAGCCAGAUUUUGUCGUUUAGUUUUCCUAAAUGAAUGUCAUGGAAAUCAACCUCAUCUCUUA